UGUCUGUCAAUGUCAGUAUUUCUGUCAGUCAUGCCGGCAGAAUAAAUCAAAAAGAAAAGGUUAUGUUUGGUUAGGUUGAGUUGAAUUGAAAUUCUAAUUUUCAUUUCGCUGUAGGUAUUUUAAUUCGGUACAUAAUACUAGGCAUCAAUCAAUAAUGAAUUUUCUUAGGAAAGGCUUAUCACUUAUUUCCAUAGGAAUAAAGACUCAGUGCACGCAACUAAAAGCCAUAUCUAAUGCACCUACAAAUGCUCCACAAAUAGUACAACCCAGUGGACUGCUGGCUCGAGCAAUGGCUUCCCUCGCUCAGAUGCAUAGGACAGGGCCUCAUAUUAAAGUUAGAAAAUCAAGGAAUCCUCUCAAUGGAAACCCAUUUGCAAAGGGAGUAGUCCUAAAGACUCUAAUCAAGAAACCCAAGAAGCCAAACUCGGCAAACAGAAAGUGUGUGCUGGUCCGGUUGUCCAACGGGAAGGAGAUGGUUGCCUACAUCCCGGGCAUCGGCCAUAACCUGCAAGAACACAACAUAGUGCUUGUCAGAGUGGGCAGAGUGAAGGACUGCCCCGGUGUGAAGUUAAAGUGUGUCCGCGGCAAAUACGACCUGUCUCACGUAGUCAAACAGAAAGUGUAAUGUGAAUCAGUAUGUGCAUUUAUGUUUUGUACAUUUUGUUUGUUAUCUAAAUUAAAUAAGUGUAGAUUAAUGA